UUGAAACACAUAUACAAUUUAAUAAGUUAAAUGGAGUACGCAGAACUUUAUGGUCUUUCUACACUUGAGCCUGUGAUCGAAAUGUGGGAGGAAGAGGCUCAGGCCGAAUCUGAAUACAAUGCGGAAGAACAAAGAAUAAAUCGCGAAAAUGCUUUAGAUCGCUCGGAUUGGCAUCAGGGUUUACUUAAGGAUAAGGUCACUAUUUUAGCGUUCAGCAAGGUCAUUUCAAAUUACAAGCAUUAUUUUGCGGGCAAGACUGUGCUUGAUGUAGGUUGUGGGAUCGGUAUUCUCUCACUUUUCGCUGCGGAAGCGGGCGCAGCCAGGGUCAUUGGCAUCGAAGGUAGAUCUAGGCUAGCCGAUUUAGCCAAAGGAGCUAUAUUCGAGAAUCAGUGCGAAGAAGUUGUUGAGGUUGUCAAGCAUGCGUCUGAUCAGAUGACAGUGCUUGGUGGUAUUGAAAAGUUUGACAUAAUCAUCUCCGAUUGGAUGGGGCAGGCCCUGUUCUCGAACUCCUUGUUCCAUAAUGUUCUCCGUGCCCGCGACAAGUGGUUGAAAAACGGGGGCGUCAUCCUGCCGAAUGUGGCCAAUUUGUAUAUAGCUGGCAUAACAGAUGACGGCCAUCACGAACACUGUGUGAAUUUCUGGAAUGAUGUACAGGGCUUCGAUAUGAGCUGUAUUGGCGGAACUGUUUUAAAGAGCCCAACUAUUGAUUCCGUGUCGAUGCCACAAGUACUUACCAACGCCUGUAUUGUAUACUCCGUGAACUUGCAGAGUGCAACCAAUAGUCCCAGGAAAAUAAGAUCGGACUUUAAGCUUCAGGCACAGCGUACGGGUACUAUCGACGCCUUCGUCGUAUACUUUGACGUCUUCUUUAUGGUCAGCCGCCUGGAGGCACCUGUGUCUAUCUCCACUUCCCCACAAUCGCCUCGGACGCAUUGGAGACAAACCAUUCUUCCGUUGGACGCGGGUUUGCAUGUUCAACCCAGUCAGUUCGUGCAGGGCUCCUUCGGCAUGAUGCCCAGCAAGCGGGAUGCCAAUAUCUCCGAUUUUGAGCUUACUAUAUUGUCUGAGGGUUCGGGUCGCCAAGUAGAGACGUAUAAAAAGUUCUAUAACAACCAGAAGGCCCAAAAAUGAGUGCCACCUUAUUGUUGAUGACGAUUCAGGGCCAUAAACAAAUGCUGGCUUUAUUGGCUGUGAUGAAAUGUGCUUUAAGCACACACCAAUCCGAUUUUACGAGUAUAUACCAAAUUGCCGGCGGCUCUUAAAGCCGUCGAAAAAAAAAAGAAAAAUUGUGUAGAAAGUCAACGGUAUGGAUUGUUAACGACUUUCUUAACAAAUUACAAUAAUUUUAGUGACAAUGACGCGUAUCUCUGCCUGUAACCUAAUGAUACGCGUUUUAGGGAUGGUAUGAGACGUGUGUUUGUUCGUGACACGAUCUGGGAGAAUGGCUUAUACAUAGUCUGUUUAUUUUGAUAUUCAAAAUGCACUGUAAUUUAUAUAUAUUUUGUUAAUGUUGUAACUUGCUUUUUGCAGGAGAAAUUCUACUUCAAAAGUGGUACUCAAAA